CUUCACGUAUGUAUAAUUAUACCACGCAAGGCAUGAAUAAUCCUUAGUCGCAUUCACGUCUCUUACAUUUUCUUCCACACAUUAUCAUCUUCAAGAAAAAACAUUGCAUAUAUGUAUCACUAUGUGUGUAUAUAUAUAUAUAUUCUUCUUCUCUGCAUCUCCAACUUCCCAGAGAAGGAAAAAGUUCGAGAAAAGCUUCAAACUUGAAGAAAUUUCAAGAAAAAUGGACACCGCAGCCAUGUGGACCCUCCUCCUCCUCCUUGCAGCGGCGCAAUGGCCGGCGACCACGGCGGAGGGAUACAGUACUCCACCUACUCCACCGCCAGCGACCACAGGAUAUCCCGCCGGAAAAACGGUGGAAGCGGCGGUGGAAGGGAUGGUGUAUUGCCAAGCCUGCGACAAGUUCGGUUCUUGGUCACUGGAAGGGGCAGAACCCAUCAACGGAGCCAAGAUAAGUGUCAUCUGCAAGAACCAUUACCAGAAGGUGAGCUUCUACAAGGUUUUUCAGACAGAUUCCAAUGGCCAUUUCUACGCAGAGCUAAAGGGAUUUAAGACGAGCCCUCAUUUCUUGGACCAUCCUCUUCAUUCUUGCCGUGUAAAGCUCGUGUCUUCGCCCCGCGAGGAUUGCAACCUGUUCUCCAACAUUAACAAUGCUCUCGAUGGGUCUCCUCUUCGGUAUGAGGACAAGAGAGUGAAGUGGACAACCUACGAGGCUGUGGUUUAUGCCUCUGGGCCUUUGGCUUUCCGUCCUGCCCACUGCCCCAUGGCUUCUCCUUCCACUUAUCCUUGAUCUGCACACUGUAAUUUCCUUUCUCUUCUUUUGGUUUUGUCUUUGUCGGUUGUUUUGUUUCAAAGAGAUGGGCUUUGUAAGAGAGCUUGACUGUUGUGAUGGGAAGGAUUCUUGUGCAUCCUUUUGUACAAAGUUUGAGGGGGAAAAAACAAAAAAGAAGUAGGAAGAAGCCAAAUCUUGAAUGUUUUUUUAAUAAAACUUUGCCAAGUAGGGGGAGUCCCCACCCCGGUGGUUAAUGGCAAACCCCUUUACCAAGAGUUUAUGGGUUCGAAAUCCAGGAAUGGAAACUCCCCUUAAACCGGCCAGCUUUACGAGGCUGGUUUAUCUGUUCUGCGUGGUUUGC